UAUAGAUUGGCGUACCCAAGCGCAACGCCCGCGUACUGUUACUUUUCCUUGAGACAAUUUGGCACUCAUUUUGCGUUUCCUAGUAGAUCUUCCCUACCUAUUUUUCUGCAGUGCCAGCGUUUACCGCUGUGCGUUCCCGCUGCUCCUUUGUCAAACUACUCGCUAUAGCGUUUUAAGACUUUCAGAAUGCCGUUCAUGCAAAGACGAGUGUAUAAAAUGGACAAGAUGCAGAAGGCAGAGGAGAGAAUCAAGUCUAAUCCGUGGGAUAUUGAAGCUUGGAGUGUGCUCCUUCGGGAUGCGCAAAGCAAAAAGAUCGAAGAUGCUCGAGAGGUAUUUGAACGCAUCGUUAGCCAGUUUCCCUUCGCUGGGCAGUAUUGGAAAAUUUACAUCAACCAGGAGAUGAAGGCCAAAAACUAUGAGCGCGUAGAAAAGCUCUUUCAAAGAAGCCUAGUGAAGAUACUAAACAUUGAAUUAUGGAAGCUUUACUUGCAAUAUAUAAAGGAAACCAAAGGGAAGCAUCACGCUUUCAAAGAAAAAAUGGCGCAGGCAUACGAUUUUACACUAGACAAAAUGGGACUCGACCUCAACUCUUACUCAAUCUGGGCUGAUUACAUCUCAUUUCUAAGAUCAACUCAAGUGCAAGGUUCAUACGCUGAAAGCCAAAAAAUCACUGCCACUCGGCGUGUCUAUCAACGUGCUAUUGUCACACCAAUGCUGGGAAUCGAGACGGUUUGGCGAGAUUAUUGCAUGUACGAAAACUCCAUCAACCCACUGAUUGCGAAAAAAUUCACCGAGGAACGCAGCCGGGACUACAUGAACGCGCGUCGUGUUACCAAAGAAUAUGAAGUGAUAACAAAGGGACUUUCACGAAACAUGCCCUCAAUACCUCCACAGAAUACCCCCUAUGAGGCGAAACAAGUAGAACUCUGGAAGAAAUAUAUACAAUGGGAGAAGGAUAACCCUCUCAAAACUGAAGAUAUCAUAACCAUCACGAAACGGGUCAUGUUCGCUUACGAACAGUGUCUUCUCUGCCUUGGUCAUCAUCCGGAUAUUUGGUACGAGGCGGCUAGUCACCUGGAGCACGCCAGCAAAGUCCUAAGCGAAAAGGGCGACCAAAACACUGCCAGACAGUUUGCAAAUGACACGGCUGCAAUGUACGAGCGGGCUAUUGCACUCCUGCGAACGAACAUGAUGCUCUACUUCGCCUAUGCUGACUACGAGGAGGGCCGAUGCAAAUACGCCAAAGUGCAUUCCAUAUACAAGAAGCUAAUAUCUCUGGAGAAUAUCGAUCCGACUUUGCCCUACAUUCAGUACAUGCGAUUUGCGCGACGCGCAGAGGGUAUUUUAUCUGCCAGACAUGUUUUCAAAUUGGCUCGCGACGACAGCCGGAUCAGUUAUCACGUUUAUUGUGCUGCGGCGUUUAUGGAGUACUUCUGCAGUAAGGAUAAAGACAUUGGGCACAAAAUUUUUGAAUUGGGCAUGAAACGAUUCGGUGGGAGUGCGGACUACAUCUUAUGCUAUGUGGAUUUCAUGACGCACCUAAAUGAGGAUAACAACAUUCGUGUCCUAUUCGAGCGAGCCGUCGGUUCGAAUCAAAUUCCUUCGGAUCGCACUCGUCUUAUUUGGGCCCGAUUCUUACAGUUUGAAUCUCAGGUAGGGGAUUUGGCCAGCAUCCUGAAAGUGGAAAAGCGUCGUUUACAAGCUUUGGAAUCCAUCAAGGAAGUUUCGAGAUUAGAGAGUGCCCUCCUUAUUGACCGCUACCGUUUCUUAGAUCUACUUCCUUGUUCCGAUUCAGAACUCAAGUCGCUGGGCUAUCGGGAACUGGCUCGUUUUCAACUUGCAGGAUCCGCUCGCGGGUACGAUGAGCUUUUCGGUGGUUUGAUGGGAGGGCACGGCUCUGUACCUUCUGCACUGACCGCAGGCGUUGGCAUUGGAGGUGGACUGGGCGACGGAUCCGGUUCAUCUGGCGACAAACGCCCAUCAUAUCCCCAGCCUGACGUCAGUCAAAUGCUUCCUUUUAAGCCCAAGGCCUAUCCCAGAACUGGAAGUCACCCGGUCGCCGGAGGCGAGUUUCCACCGCCCCCCACUGCGUCCGCUCUGAUUCGGCUCUUACCACCCCCAGAAUGCUUCCAUGGUCCGUUUGUCGAAGUGGACAAGUUCCUGGAGCACUUCCUAGAACUUGAUAUUCCCGAAGACUACAUGGGCAUCGUGAAUGCUGAGUCGGAAGAACUCAGCAACAGCAUCGAUGCCGGAACUGCUCUUUCGAUCGAAUUGGCUAGCACAGCCGGAUCCACCGCACCCAUGUUAUUGGCUGCUCGCAAACGACGUCAUCAGCUCACUCUUGAUUUGACCUCUAAUGCGGGGUCUCGCGUCGGUCCGGGAGCUGUAAACCACUCAAAAUCCCGCAAGCGACCGGCUCUGAACGCUUUCGGCGAUUCGGAGGAUGAAGCCGAUGAAGAGGAGGAUGAUGAUGACAGUGAAGACGAACGCGCUGCCGCUCUCCUCGGUGGUCUACUCGGCACGGGGGGUUCGGAUCUAGCCCGAUCGUCUUUUGCAGGUCCUUUGGAUCUCUAUCGGUUGCGUCAAAUGCAGCGAGUGAAAUGA